AUGUCUGUGUUACAUCCUACCUAUACUAGAGGUAGUAUUAUGCUCGCAGCGAAUGGAUUAGUUCCAUUGCGGUCUAUUAAAUGUAGUUUUACGAUCGUUCAAGGCAGAUUUAAUUCUUCUACUACGGAAUCUAGUACUCCAAAAAUGCCACUGAAUACUGCGCCAAUUGAAUUUACAACGAAUUAUGGUUUUCGAGGCCCUUGGAAGCGUCCUAAUAGCAUCCAAGAAGCAGCUAAGAACGCUUUACGGUGCAAUGACACUACCCCUGCUAGAGAAUUACCAUUUACUGUGAAGCUGGUUGAUCCUCAUACAAGAAAAGAUAAGUUGAGCAGAUCUAAAACUGCCGGGAUAACGAGCAUCCGAAAGUCUAUUAUUGAUCCAUAUCUGCAACUAUCUAAGCCAAGGUUGACGGUAUUAGUGAUGCUAAGCGCCAUUUGUUCAUAUGCAUUGUCUCCGUAUCCAGCUACUAUCAGUGCGUUGUUGUCAUUAACAAUUGGUACCACUUUAUGUUCUGCUUCUGCAAAUGCAAUUAAUAUGGGCAGGGAGCCAGAGUUUGAUAGACAAAUGGUAAGGACUCAAGCAAGACCUGUUGUUCGCGGACUGCUUACACCUUUACAAGCUUUUAAAUUUGCAAGUGUUACAGGAUUCUUGGGUCCAACAAUCCUACUUCUUGGGGUGAAUCCAACUGUUGCAUCAUUAGGCUUUUUUAAUAUAUUUCUCUACGGAUGGCUCUAUACUUCCUUAAAGAGAAAACACAUCAUUAAUACAUGGCUUGGUGCCAUUGUGGGUGCCAUUCCCCCAUUGAUGGGGUGGGCAGCUUCAAGUCCAUUAUCUCACCCAGCCUGUUGGGCGUUGGCUUGUUUGUUAUAUGCCUGGCAAUUCCCUCAUUUCAAUACUUUGAGUCAUAAUAUUAGGAAUGAAUACAAGAAUGCAGGCUAUGUAAUGGCUGCGUGGAAAAAUCCUAAAUUAAAUGCUCGUGUGGCUCUGCGAUAUUCACUGCUCAUGUUCCCAUUAUGUUUUUUCCUUUCAUAUUAUGGUAUUACAGAUUGGUAUUACCAGUUUGAUUCUGCCAUUGCUAACGCUUGGAUGGCCUUUUGGUCGUUCAAAUUUUGGUGGCAGCAGCGCUAUAACUAUUCCAAAAAGGUUUAUAGCAAUAAGACUGAAUUCAACAAGGGGUUGGCUCUGGCGAAUGUCUAUGCUAGGAAAACAUUCUGGGUAAGUGUCUGGCAUUUGCCAGCUGUUUUAAUAUUGGCAAUUUUACACAAAAAGGGACGCUGGGAUUGGUUGCUGGAUGAGAAGCCCGCUUUAUCUGCAUAA